GGCGUUCACAUCCAAUCUCUUCGGAGUCAUGGACAACGUACCCAUUACAGAGUGUACACGGUACUCUUGACGAUAAUAUUACAGUGCAUUGCAUAUUGUCGUAAUAUUUGCUUUAAGAGAAAGUGAGAUAUAGCCGACAAAGUCACUGUUCGGACCACGUUAGGACAACAUCAAAUAGACGAGUGCUGUUGAAAUUUGAAGCAUUUUGUUGUGCCUUAGAGUGGUCAAUAUUGAGUGGGUAGUAGUUUUUUUCUUGAUUUUUCUACCCAACUAUGUGGAGAUUAUGUUUUUUUAUUGGGAUUUGCUUGUUGCCAGUCUUCGGGUCAGAGAUACCCCCGUAUAUCAAGCAAUGCUACGAAGGUGAACCUGACGUCAUAGAAUGUUUCAAAGGAGCCAUACACCACCUGAGGCCAUACUUGAGGCAAGGAAUAAAAGAAAUUGAACUACCCUCCGUUGAGCCCUUCAAAAUGGAAGAAUUAAGCCUUUCUCUCACCACAGGACCGAACGGGUACAAGGUGUCGUUGAAAGAUAUCGAUGUUUUUGGAGCUAGCCAAUUCACAGUGAGGAAAUUGAGGUUGAGCACCGAAAAAUCACCCUUUGAAACCAAAAUUAAAAUUCCUCAACUGAAAAUCCAUUCAAGAUAUGAGAGCAGUGGGGUUUUGAUAAUCUUACCAGCAAGUGGUAAUGGUACUUUUGAUGGAAAAUUAGAUGAUAUUCUUGCAACUGUUAAAGGAACAGUCAAGAUUCAAGAAAAAGACAAUAAGAAAUAUCUUCACGUUGAAACUCUUACUGUGAAUCUUUUGGUCAAAGACAUUCACUUAGAGGUGAAGAAUAUUUACAACAAUAAUAUAAUUUUGACACAAGCUAUUAAUCUAUUUCUCCGACAAAACGGGAUGGAAGUUUUCAAUGUGAUGCUCCCGCAACUCAAACUGAAACUUUCGAAGUUGUUCAUGGACAUUGCCAACUCUUUACUAUCUCAUGUGUCUUUGGAUACCUUCUAUGUACCUAAAGGAACAUCCGAAGAAGUAACAAAGCAUUGAGAGGGGCACCAGUUCAAGAAAAUAAUAAUGUCCCAGUUUCAGUGCACAUCAGAUUGCUCAGUAAUUUCACAAUAGCUACUUCUUUAACCAGUACAACUUCUAUGUGAAGGUUGAGAUAUUUUUUUAUUUUGAUGCUAGGAUGCCAGAUAACGUCAGAAACUGCUGUGUUCCGAAUAGUGUUAGACAAUUUCACAUAUUUUAUUCUAUUAUUGUAAUUUGUAUAGUUCAAAUCUUAUUUAUACAGUGAUGAUUAUGGGUGUAUUCGAAUAUGUGAUUUGGAAAUAGAACCACCUCUUAUUUAU